UAGUACUCCUUGGUGAACUGUCAUGAACGUUAGAAAUUUGUUUUUCACAAAUUAAUCAAUACCUAUAAUUGUAUAGGUUUUUAGAAACAACUAUUAUUUUAUAUAUUCUAUUGUGAUUUUUUUAAUCCACAUGAAGGGAACAAAAUUUCAAAUAAAACUACGUGGAGUUCGAGGAGAGGCUACACAAAUUGGUAGUCCUAUUGAGCAGACACUCAGUAGUCCAGAGUUUUAUGCUCAGCCAAAACUCUGGAGUCACCUUAAGAAAAACAAGGAUCUGAAUUUUGCUGAGACCGUUGGCAAAUCUCCAAGGGAAAAUCGACUAUUGGCAUCCGAGUCAGAUUUGCCAACAAAACUCGAGUAUGAACCGAAUCGAUUAAAGGAACAGUCAGGUCAAGGAGAUGAUAAGACUUUGAAAGACAUCAAUAUUUCUCAAUCGAAAAGUUGUGAGGACAAUAAUAUGUCACAGCAGAAGUCCCUGUGCCGUCAAAAACACCAAACUGUUUGGAAAAAUGACAAAGAAAAAGGAUGUGGCCACAGUGUUAAUGCGAAAAAAACGAGAUCCUGUUCUCCAACAAUGAUGGACACUGAUGAUCCUUUGACGAAACAAAUACGCGAUAUUCACAAUGAUACCCGAAAGAGUGUGAAAAUAAUCAAAGCCUGCCGAACAAGACUUUUGGAAAUUCAAAAGAAAUCAACCAUAGCAGACGCUGAUGUCAAAGAGAUUGGUGAAAAAAACGAAGUACUUUUGCGUGAAAUGGAACGUUUCGAAUUCCUUUCUCGAACUCUACAGAAGCUUGUUGGGGUUGAAGUAGCGAAUUUCAAGAAGUCUCAGGAAGAAAGUUUGCGCUUUUCUUCAAAUUUGUUUGAAUCACCUUUAAAUGGGGAGGCGGAUUUUAACCUUCCGAAAACAAACUUACCAGGAUAUAAAGGAGCCCAUUGCGAUCAACCCACAAGGAGUAAAUCUGAGAUCGAUCUAACUCGUAAAUUAACUGAAAGUUACGAUAUGCAAGAGAAGCUCGUCGCUGAUAAUGCAGAUUUAGAAGUGAAAAGGUAUAUGCUUUAUAAGGAGUUAAUGACAAAAGAUCAAAGCCUGGAAAUGUGUAGAGCUCAAAUUAAAAGAUUACAAGGCGAGCUGAAAAUCAUUAACAAAGAAAACUCAAUACUUCAGGGGAAACUGAAUAAGAAUAACCCACAGGGCGAUGCAACUGCGAUGAACCAGGAUAACAACUCUCAACAAGAAUCAGAUGUGUCUUCACAGGACGACGGACCAGUGUGUGUGAGAAAUCAUCAAGAGCUCGAAUCGAAGCUUGAGGAAUAUAAAACAUUCACAGCCGAAAUUGAAAAAGAAGUAAGCGAGUUAGAAUUUGAGGUUCGCCACAUUCGGGUAGAAAUGGACAAGAUGAAAAGUGCAGAGACUGCGUGUCGCGGCGGCGGGGGUAUUAAUACCUGCUUUCAACAACCGGCAGGAGCCCCUCCAGUGCCACCAUUGAGCAGAGCAUGCGGCGUUUGCCCGCCAUGUCCAGCACCUUGCAAUCCAAAUGCCCCACCGACACCUGCAGAGAGAGAGGUGCAAAAGUUAACAAUUCAACUACACCAAAUGGAAGAGGUUUUUAAGACUAAAGUUACAGAAUGUGCAUUGCUAAGAGCGGAACUACUUAAAAAAAAGGAAGAAUUGGAAAAAGAAAGAUGCCAACAUCGUGAAGUACAAAACAAGCUCAGAGAGUUAGAAAUGAAGUUUGAAGGUCUAAAUACUCACACUAACAUGUUACUGGGUACUAAAGAAGAGGCCUUUGAAACGGAAGUGAAUGUAAGAGCACUGAAACAAUGCUACAGAGAAGCGAGGGAAGAAAUCGAUGAGCUGAGGAUAUUGAUAAAAGAACAGAAUGAGCAAAUACAGGACUAUCGUGUUAAGUAUCUACAUGCUCAACAAUUGGUGGAAGAACAACGGCGUCAAAUGGAUAUGAUGGAUAUGGACAACACUAGAAUAAGCGAACAGAUCAACUUAGAGAUACAGCGGGUUAAAUUAAAGUUCCAAGAAAAACUUCAAGAGUUGGCCCCUAUACCGCAACUUUUAAAAGCAACUCAAAUGAGGUUAAAAGAUGCCCAGCAAUCACAAGCUCUCGCGGAACAUAACGCAGAACAACUAGCUAGAGAGCUAAACUGUGCCAGAGAAAAGAUACACGUCUUAUUGCAUAAUAGUAUUAAGCCACCAGAGAAGGCUCCCGAGAAGGGAGCAGAUGAAAAACAACUGGGAUUGCUGCAACAGAGAAUUACACAAUUAACUGAAACCAAUAUGACAUUGAAAAGUGAGAUUGAAAGACUAAAAGCAAAUGUUAUUCGUAUGGAAGAAAUGGUCCUGGCAAAUGAAAAACGUUUGCAAGAGAAAAUGCAAGAAUGUGCUCAGUUGGGUGGUGAGCUAGACAGAAUAAGAGAUGAAGCAGCCAGGGCAUUGCAGCGGGCUAAUGAACGUACUGACACCAUUCGAAAAUGUAUGCAAACAACUGUAGCUGAGCUGGAACGACAACUAGCAUCUUCUAGAGCACAAGUGAAGAAUGCCGAAAAGGAAAGGGAAGAGGUACAAUGUCGUAUGCAGUGUCAGAUAAAACGUUUAAAUGAUAACUUUGAGCAGGCACAGUUACGCAUUUUAGGCCUUCAGACCCAAGUGCAGACUCUGAGACGAACUGCAUCUAGUACUGGAGAUGGAGAUACGGAGCCUCAACAGGAGUGUGAAUGUAAAACUUUCUUUGAUGAGCCUUAGGCCUUAGAGAUACAAUUAUAUACAAGAUUAUGUUGACUAAACACCUAGUCGAGUCAUCUUCAAGGUGGGCUCACUUAUAUUAUGCAGGUAGCAUCGCUGUUGUUAAGUGAUUAAAUAUUAAGUCAUUUUGAACAAUUAUUGUCUUAGUUUUUCUUACCACAUUCAAUUAAUUAAGAUGUGCACUGCAUACUGAGUGUGCAUCGACGUUGUUAAAUUCUUGAUAUGAUUAAUGAAAUUAAACCAUCACAUGUUAAA